AUAACAUACGACAGUUGCUCGCUUUACCCGUUGAAUGGGUUGCCUGUGACAGCACCUAACUUCAGCCCUUCAUUCCUUCAGCAACAAGGGAGAAACUCUCUGAACCUCACUUCACUCUCUAAGGCGGCCUAAAAGGUCAUACCGCUUGCAUGAGCGACGAAAAACGCUCUAUGCUUGGGAGCUCCCUUCCAAUCCCAACUUACGAAGAGGCGACAUCCUCCCGAGCCCCUAGCGAUGUCGGCGACAAUCCGCAUACCGAGGAGGAGGCCUCACGCCUCUUGGCCUCUUCGCACGGCCGGUAUCGGCAACCGACGGUCGAGACUGCGAGGAGUUCUCUCGAGAGUUCGUUUCUGGAGGAGUUUGGAGAUUCCGCGCGGCCAAGUAGGGAGAGUCUUGAGCGAGUGAUGGUGGAGAUGGAGAUUCUGGAACCUGGGCAGGGGGGGGAGGGUCAACAAAGGCGUGGGGGAGGAGGGAGACUUCGGAUGCAUAUAUCGAAACGCAUAUCCUCAAUAACAGACUCGCUCUCCGCUAUUUCAAUACCUCACCACUGGAAGAUCAACCCCCUUCGAUGGUUCUCUUGUAUUCGAAUACCGGAUUUGCCAUGUCUCGGCGAAGGCUUCGUUCCGUUGUAUAGAGUUAUGGGCGUUAUUAUCGGCCUGGUCGUGGUUUAUGCGUUGCUUGCAUCGGAUUCAGUUACCUUGAAUCCGCCACCAGGGGCUGGUGGAACGAUCGAGUUCGACAUAGACGCCCUUAAGGACUUUAUAAGAGAUUCGAUUGAUAAGGAUAAUAUCGAACAUUACCUGGAAUACCUGAGCCGUUUCGACCAUACUGCGGGAACCGAGGGGGAUUUUGUGCUGGCCAAGUAUGUUGAAGGGGAGUUCAGGAGCUUUGGGCUUGAAAGUGUGGGACUCGACGAGUAAGUUAUUCUGCUGUUAUAUUUUGGGUUGGCAUUAGAAAAUUCUAACAGAUUUCCCCUUUUUAAAAAUAAAUUUACAGAUAUAGUGUUUACCUUAAUUUCCCUAAGCCUAACGGGAGAAAGCUUGCAAUCAUCGACCCACCGUGGGAAGCUGCACUUGAAGAGCCAAAGGCGAAUGACGAUCGUGAAAACACACUUGUCUUCCAUGGCUAUUCCAAGACCGGUAGCGCUACAGGUCCCUUGAUUUACGCCAAUUACGGAGCCCGUGCUGAUUUCGACAAACUCGAGUCGCAAGGGUUCAAUCUGACGGGCUCAAUCAUCUUGGUUAGAUAUGGUGGGACACAGAUGGAUAGGGCUCUCAAGGUAAAAGCUGCCGAGGAACGAGGUGCGGCAGCCGUGAUUGAAUUCUCUGAUCCGAAGACUGAGGGGUGGGACCUGCCUGAGGGCUUUGUGCAGAGGGGUUCUGUGAGCUUGAUGAGCUUCAUAGUGGGGGAUGUAUUGACGCCGGGUGCACCGAGCAAACCGGAUUAUAAUAGGAUUCCGCUGGAGCACAAUCCUGGGCUUGUCGGGAUCCCUUCAUUACCUUUGGUAAGCCCUGUCAUUUGGUGCGUUGGGCGAUCUCGCUGACCCCUGUCACUCGCUCUACAGUCUUGGGAUAAUGCGAGGCAUCUUCUGCAAUCGCUGAGGGGCAAAGGGUCCAAGGUUGAGGAAUCAUGGACGGGAGACACACGAGGUGUCGAAGAAUGGUGGACCGGCUCAAUCAAUGAUUCGCCCAUUAUGGUCGAACUGGAAAAUGAUCAAGUCGAAGAGGAACGGCAUCCCAUCUGGAAUGUUCUUGGAUACAUCCGGGGCUCUGACGAUUACACAAAGCGUAUUGUGGUCGGAAAUCAUAGGGAUGCGUGGUGCUUUGGUGCCAGUGAUCCUAAUUCGGGGACUGCAGUGAUGCUGGAGGUUGCUAGAUUGUUUGGAAAGGUGUUGGAAAUGGGCUGGAGACCCCAAAGGAGCAUAAUAUUUGCUAAUUGGGAUGCCGAAGAAUAUAAUCUGAUUGGGUCAACGUGGGUCACUGUCCAUGGAUUGUGGUCUCUACAUCUGCUGACGAGUAUCUUAUAGUGAAUAUGUGGAAGAUAAUAUUGAUGACCUUCGCCUGCACGGCAUGGCAUAUAUCAACCUCGAUGUUGCAGUAUCUGGUAAAGAGUUCCGCGCUGCUGGAUCGCCUCUCAUCCAACAACCGCUCCUCAAUGUCCUCGAAAGAAUACGGAGCCCCUCAGGAAACGGCACGCUGCGAGGUGACUGGGGUGACAAAUUUCUCCCUGGCUUAGGUGCGGGAAGCGAUUAUGUUGCUUUCCAGGACUAUGCAGGAGUCUCUUCGAUAGAUAUCGGUUUCGCUGGUGACCCAUUUCCAUAUCAUAGUUGCUACGACACUUUUGAGUGGAUGAAGAAUACAGGGGAUCCGGGGUUCAAUCAUCACCUCGCCAUCGCCCAAGUUCUAGGCGUCUUAAUUAUAGAACUAGCUGAUACUCCCGUUUUGCCAUUUAAUAUGAUUGACUACGCGCACGCGCUUGGGCGAUAUACGGACGAUCUGGAAGAGCACGCCAAGGAGAUCAUGCAGGCGCAAUCGCCUGGCACUAAACUAUUGGAUUUUAAGGAUCUGAGGAAUGCUGUUGAGUCUGCUGAGAAGAGACUGAAGGAAUUUGAUGAAAAACAUGAAAAUUGGAUGGAUUACCUUGAGGCAGGGCUAGAUACGAAUGGAAUAAUUGCUCGGCAGAGCCGAAACGCCCGAAUGAGCAAUUUUGAAGAGCAUCUACUGGAUCUAUCCAAGGGAGGUGGAUUACCUGGGAGAGAGUGGUUCAAGCAUGUUGUUUUUGCACCUGAGGUAAGUUCAUUCCCUACCAUCUUAGAGGUCUGGUGGCUGAUUGGUAUACAGGCAUGGAGCGGAUAUGACGCGGGAUACUUCCCUGGUGUCAGGGAUGCAUUGGCCAGCAAAGACUGGGAGCUAGCUCAAAAGCAAGUGGAAAAGAUUGCAAAGGUCAUCGACAAGGCAUCCUACAAACUCCUUAAUUAGGAGCUUGUAUAAAAAGGUUCGGAACAUGAACGGUUUCCUUCUCUUGUAUCUCCUUUGCAUGAAAUGCGCUUGGUGUGGUUUCCUUUUUUUUGUUUUGUUUUGAGAGCAUUAGCGGGAGUAUGUAUAUUGUGCCAUCUUUUACAACUUCUUUCCCCUUUUUUUUUCGGUCCCCACAACUUUAUUUUCCUCGUUAUAUUCACACUUUUCAGCGGAUUAGUGCCUGGGCUUUCUCUUUCCUUCCUCGUUCUCAUCGUAUUUUGAAUUGUAUAGUUGGCCUCCUUUGCUCUGGAGCUGUAUCCAUGGGUAUGGUGCUUGGGAUUGAGGGGCGUUAAGAUGUACUUUUGAGUGCCCUCAAAGGUCUUCGUUCUCGGUUUUUUUUUUUUUUUUGGUUGCGGCGUGGCAGGUUGUACAUAAUUGGAUUAUCGGAUUGAUAAUGGGUGGGGGUUUUUAGAGAGAUCAUCAUAAUAAGUUUGGUAUUUUAUGUGCUGAGGGUUUACUCUCCAGCAACGAUGGGGUGGGGCUUAACUUCACGGGGAAGUGUGCGGCUUGAAAGAGGCAUUACAGAGACGAGGGACGUAUUCCGGGAGCGUAGAGAAAAGGAAAAAGUAAUUGCAUAGUUUCACCCCCGAACAGCUUGACCAGGAUAUGAAGCGGAAAUCCAUUGAAGACCCAAGGGGAGUCUUCCAGCCCACAGCAGAUACCAGUAUCUGCUGAACGAGGAACAGAGAAACCAAUCCCUCCUACUCCUCCUUUUCCGCCUUCUCCGCCUCCUUAGCCUCCUCGCUCCCCUCCUCAACCAACCUCCCAACCAGCAAGUACUUGCCCUCAAAGUGCUCAGCCCACCCGCUCAGCGUGGCACGCUCCUCCUCUUUCAGAUCCUCCAGCGGGUCGAUGGGCGCGCCGACCUCGGUGAGCACCUCCUCGUCGAAGCUAUUGAGUGCCAGGCCCCUCGACGCAUCGCGCCCCGCAAAGUUGCUGUAGGGCCCACCGGGCCCGUAGAAGCCCUUACCGGCGGUGACAUCGAAGACCUUGCGGUUGACGGCGAGGUACACUCUAGCGUUGUCGGUGCCAUUGAAUGGCUGCAGUGUUUUCGGGGUGAAUGUUUUAAAGACUCUGGCUCCGUUGGAGGAAGACUGGAGGGGCGGCGCUUGAGGGGGGUUCGGACGGAGGCGUGUGUAGAUGAGGUAGAGUGCUAAGGUUAGGAGGAGGAGGUUUACCGGUGUAAAGAUUGAGAUU